CCAUCAAAUAUCCAUGACUGAAAAUUAUUCCAAAGCCGCUGACCGUUCCUAAUGACAAAUGUAUGUAAUUUAGGGAGCAUUUUCCUCCACAUCACGGUGCCAUAUGGUGGAAUAUUACACUGCUUGGCCUCAUACUGAAUGAAGGUUGUUCCCUCAAAAAAAAAAAAAGUCUAUUAAUAAUUACCACCUCGGGCUUCCCUUAAGGACUUUAACACCAUCGAAGUGGACAGAGUGCUGUUGCACAAUCGUCCACUCGGAGGAAAAAAUCGUGACGCCCGGUGAAGCGGCUCAGCUGUCAAGAGGAAACCCCCAAACCAAAGUCGGUCACUGUACGAUAUUUCUUCAUUGAAAGAAGAAAAGCAGGAGGGUCGUCCAGAUCGUCGCGUUUUUGUGAAUGGUAACACGGACUUGAAACACGACAAUGGCGGCUAACUGCAGAGUCCGCCAAGUCGUCGGCAGCGACACCUCCGAACCCGAGGCACAACACGCUCAGUCACCUGCCAGCGGGCCGGUGUACGUGCCUUUCACCUACACGCAGGUCAUCCACAGCGGGCACUUUAUGGUGUCGUCACCCCACCGCGACGCAUCACCGGGAGGCUUGAAAGGCGGACGGUGCCCGAGGUACGAUUUCGACACGGUGAAUCGGACCUGGUGUCAGACGUACCGCUACGGGCCGUUCAGCUCCGGAAGCCUGAGCAUCGACCCGACACUAACCCGCCUGUUUGAGUGCAUGUCCCUGGCCUACAGUGGCAAGAUUGUCUCCCCAAAGUGGAAGUCGUUCAAGGGACUGCGGUUACUGUGGCGAGAUAAAAUCCGUCUAAACAAUGCAAUUUGGAGAGCAUGGUUCAUCCAGUAUGUGGAGAAGCGGAAAAAUCCUGUAUGUGGCUUUGUCACCCCAUUGGAGGGAUCUGAGGCAGAUGCCCACAGAAAGCCUGAAGCAAUUGUACUAGAAGGCAGCUACUGGAAGCGGCGGAUUGAGGUGGUCAUCAAAGAGUAUCACAAAUGGAGGAUAUAUUACAAGAAAAGACUUCAAAAAGAGAAGGAUGGCAUUCUGUCAAUGCUGCAAGAGGGUCAAAUCUGCCAGGCAAAGUUGGAGAAAUGGUCCAGUCAGCUGUACCCCGAGCCCGAGGCGACACCAGAGGAGGCUCACAUGUUUGACAUGGACUACCUUCUGUCUGACAUCUCUGACACUCUCUUCACCAUGACACAGAAGCAAUGCCCCUGGGCCAGCAGUGAGUGGCAUAACACAUACACAACAAAUGCUGACAUGAUUCAGCCAGGCCUGACUCCUCUGCAACCCAACUUGGAUGAUUUCAUGGAUAUACCAGAUAUCUUCAUGAACGCGGGGGUCCAGCCAUGUGACCAGUCAGGUUUUGCAGCCUCAGACUAUGAUGAAAGUUCAUCCAAUACUGCACUUGCCCCUGUUGCAACUUUGCACGCAGCUCCUCAUCUAUUCAUUGACACCCACAUCUCGCAGGCUGCUUUGUCAUCUGAUAAUUGGCCUCAGGCCACAUCAUCUAAAUCUCAAACAGAAGGUAGCGGACUAAACCAACAUUGUAGUGGAUACCACUCGACCACCGCGGCAUUUAGACCGCAAUCAUACACUGAUCCCGUUGUCCCUGCUUCAUUCCCCGCCAACGUUGAGCAGGUGUUCUCUGCUGCCGUCCCUUUAUUUUCCCCAUUCCCAUGUCACAAAUUCGGCUACCACGCGACGGCCAGCACAACGCCGACCGUCAUCACUCACACUGCCUCCACAGUGGACAGUACGCAACAGGGACAUAGAUACCCUCACCCAGAGGACACGAACCCCCAAGCUCCAUGCCCCUCUCUCGUCUACAUGUCUGACCCGGUUCACGCAGCCCAGCCUCCCGUAGGCACAAUUCACCGCUUUGCGGUUCCUGAACAAGUGUCGACCACAGACGUGCGAGGGAAACACAAGCAAAAGAAAGGAGGAGAAAGGCCAUUCGGUCCACCUGUGGGUCUGUCUUAUGCUUCGUCCACCGCCCCCAUGAGCUGCCUGGCAAAGCUGCUCUCCACAGGGAAGCCAUCGGUUGGGUUUGAAACGACUUAUGUGACAGUCGAAGGUCAGAAGUUACCAUCUUCGAGUGCUUCGGCUUCCUCCAGUGGGCAUGUUGAAAGAGCUUCGUCUCAAGUGCUGCAUGGAGCCGUUUGGCAUGGAGUGACCCAAACGUUGCGCAACCAGAGUUCAGCUCAAGGUCAAAGUCGAACCUCCAAAUGCUCAACAGCGCCCGCCCUGCUCACUGAUGACACUGCUCACACCAGCACUACCCUUCUCAUCCCCAAGACUGAGAAACUGUCACCUGUCCAGCUUUAUGGCACAGACAGGAGCAUCUUAACAGGUCUUCCAAGGCAAACAUCGCCCCCAACCCUGCUUGAGAAAUCUUCUAAUCCAGAAUCUUCACAUUCAGGUUUCCUCGGAUAUGGGAUGAUAGAAAUGAGUAAGCACACGGAGAGCAGGAGGAUAACCCACAUCUCUGCCGAACAGAAGAGGCGUUUCAACAUCAAACUGGGAUUUGACACUUUACAUAACCUUGUGACAACACUCAGCUCACAGCCAAGCAUCAAGAUCAGCAAAGCCACAACACUACAGAAGACCGCCGAGUAUAUCGGUAAGAUGCAGCAGGAGAAAACUCUGCUGCACGAGGAGGCUCAGAGACUCCGAGAUGAGAUCCAGAUCCUGAAUUCUGCCAUCAAUGCAUGCCAACAGCAGCUACCAGCCGCAGGUGUACCCAUCACAUGGCAGCGAUUUGACCACAUGAGGCAAAAGUUCCGGGAAUACGUCCAGGCACAGACACUGCAAAACUGGAAGUUCUGGAUUUUCAGCAUCAUCAUCGAGCCACUUUUUGAGUCCUAUAAUGGAAUGGUGUCCACUGCCAGUGUGGAACAACUGUGCCAGUCCACUUUGUCCUGGCUGGACCAACACUGCUCUCUGCCAUCUCUAAGACCCAUGGUCCUGAGUUCACUCCGUCUCCUGAGCACAACUACAUCCAUUCUAACUGAUCCAAGCCUGCUGCCCGAGCAGGCCACUCUUGCCGUCACUCAGGAUGAGCCCCCUACCACCUUGGACCACUCCAUACAUCACCCUUCUCAAGACAAUAUAGGCAACAUGUGACUGAAAAAAAGUCCAAUAGUCCAUUUUUAGACUUGUAAUUCUGCAUUAUUUCCUCUAAAAUUCACUGGUUGUUAAAAGAACCUAAAUGCCUAAAAAUGUCACUUGCAUUCUAUACUUGUUCCUCAGCCAGGUGAAAAAUACAGUGUUUUGAUGUUAUUUCUCAGAAAGCAGUAUGUAGAAAACAGUGUUUAUUAUUGUGUGUGAUUGAGAGAGAGACGCAGUGUACUUUUGAGUGUUACUCCUAUUAAGUAGUAAAAGUUGAAAGUGA